GCGAGCGUCCCGUUGCACGGCGGAGGGAUCCGGACGCGCGGCGCGGGGAGGGUUUAUAGGAGGAAGGAAGGACGGAGGCCGCCAUUUUACAGCUUCGACUCAGAAAAACGCACGGAGAGGAAACAAACAGAAUAAUAAUAAUUAUAAUAAUAACUAGUAGUGAUAAUACUAUAUAACGCUAUACAGAAAGACGCAGCAGCGAGACGUGGCCGGCAGAAGAGGAGAACACGGCGGGGAGGAAUCAAUCGUGUUCGGGAGAGCACUGAUAGAACAUAAGUGAAAUCUAUGUCUGAGGGCUUUUUUUUUAUAAAGAAGGUUGAUUUGGUGCAUCAGAACAAGUGACUUCACAGUUCAAAGACUUUUAGCAAGAACAAGCACUUGUUUACGUUGCAAUAACAAGGACUCAUUUAAUGAGCAAGACUUUAUCUCUUCAUUUUGAAGAGUCCUAUAAACUGUUAUUACAGUCUCUGUACUGACUUUCAAACCUUGUGAAGUUGAAGAAAACUUUCAAAGGGACACUUUAAUAGAAAACAAAAUGAGCACCACAAGAACAGAGAACCCUGUUUUAAUGGGUCUGUCCAGUCAAAAUGGGCAAUUGAGGGGCCCGGUGAAACCCAAUGCGGGGCCUGGAAGUGGGGGAACACAGACACAGCAGAUAAACCAGCUGAAAAAUGCCAGCACAAUCAAUAAUGGAAGUCAGCAGCAAGCACAGAGUAUGGGCAGCGGUAUUAAACCUGGUGAUGACUGGAAGAAGACCUUAAAGCUCCCUCCAAAAGAUCUUCGAAUCAAGACUUCGGAUGUCACCUCAACAAAAGGCAAUGAGUUUGAAGAUUACUGUCUAAAAAGAGAGCUGCUCAUGGGAAUUUUUGAAAUGGGAUGGGAAAAACCAUCUCCAAUUCAGGAGGAAAGCAUUCCCAUUGCAUUGUCUGGUAGGGAUAUCUUGGCUAGAGCAAAGAAUGGAACUGGCAAGAGUGGAGCCUACCUCAUUCCCUUACUUGAACGGCUUGACCUAAAGAAGGACUGCAUACAAGCAAUGGUGAUUGUACCCACUCGAGAGCUUGCACUUCAGGUCAGUCAGAUCUGCAUCCAAGUCAGCAAGCACAUGGGUGGGGUUAAAGUCAUGGCAACAACGGGAGGCACCAACCUGAGAGAUGAUAUAAUGAGGCUGGAUGAUACAGUUCAUGUGGUGAUUGCAACCCCCGGGAGAAUUCUGGAUCUUAUAAAAAAAGGCGUAGCUAAAGUAGACCACAUUCAGAUGAUGGUUUUGGAUGAGGCGGAUAAACUGCUGUCUCAAGAUUUUGUGCAGAUAAUGGAGGACAUAAUUAUUACGCUACCUAAAAACCGACAGAUUCUCCUUUAUUCAGCCACGUUUCCACUUAGUGUACAGAAGUUUAUGUCCUCUCACUUGCAAAAACCAUAUGAAAUUAACCUGAUGGAGGAGCUCACACUGAAGGGAGUAACGCAAUACUAUGCCUAUGUAACAGAGAGGCAAAAAGUUCACUGCCUAAACACACUCUUCUCAAGGCUCCAGAUAAAUCAAUCAAUAAUAUUCUGCAACUCCUCUCAGCGGGUGGAGCUUUUGGCCAAGAAAAUCUCUCAAUUGGGUUAUUCCUGCUUCUAUAUACAUGCAAAGAUGAGACAGGAGCACAGGAACAGAGUGUUCCACGAUUUCAGAAAUGGCUUGUGCCGUAACCUUGUUUGCACUGAUUUGUUUACCCGUGGUAUUGAUAUCCAAGCUGUGAAUGUGGUGAUAAACUUUGACUUUCCAAAGCUGGCAGAGACCUAUCUACAUCGUAUAGGCAGAUCAGGUCGCUUUGGCCACCUUGGCCUUGCCAUAAACCUGAUCACUUACGACGACAGAUUUAACCUUAAAAGUAUUGAAGAACAGCUGGGAACAGAGAUCAAGCCCAUCCCCAGCAGCAUCGAUAAAAGCUUAUACGUGGCAGAAUAUCACAGCGAAUCCGGAGAGAAGCAUUAAUCUGAAUGCUUUCAACGACCCCCAGAAGAUAAGAUCCUGACAAUGCAUAAUUUUCUCGAUGAGGGUUUCUCUCCCCUACUUGCCUGCCUCCCUUCAUUUUUAUAUGUUCUGCCUUCUGGAACACUGACCAGCAUAGUUUGAAGCCUAAGGAUGUGCACGUUUUUUGCCUCCCUCAAAACUUUUUUUUUUUUCCACACCGUGCCCCGCAUCUCAAAUAAUUACUGAACCCCAACUGGUUUCCCUGUGCAGUCACAGGAUUUUAUGUACUGUAGUUGCACUUAAUUGCUUUCUCACAUUUUAUUCCCAUGGGAGAAGGCAGCAAGCAUACUGGAGACUUCUAACCAACUCUCUUGAGGACCCUUGCACUAUUGGGCUAUGGUUUUUCAUAUUUUUUUAUUUUUUUUUCUGCAACGGAGUCAGCAGUGCAAUACUCUGUUUAUGGCUGUCCCUUCUAUUAGAAAGUUGCAAGCAGUACAAUGCUAGCUUAUAUCAUUAUUCCUGUGCGUCCUCUUGUGGCAGUAUGGAGUUCAUGUCUUAAUGAUGUGAUUUUUUUUUUUUUCCCAUAAAGCAAACUAUUUUACUUGUGCGAAGUGCCUUAUGCUACAAGACCAUUCAAGAUUUUUUCCACUGCAGCCCUAAUAAGAUGAGAAACAAUAGAUUCACACCCUUGCUUAAUUUUUGUUUUUAAACCACAUGUAAAUCUGCAAGUCACUAAAGCUGGUGCUUUUUAAAUUGAAACUGCUAGCUGUGAAACGCUUCCAUAUGUACAUUAUUUCCUUUUAUUAUUUUUCAUCUGGAAUGCAAAUGAUUGCAACUUCGGGGGUUCCCAUAGUUUGUAAAUAUGUAUAACUGUAAUUACACAAGCAAAAAAGAGCCAGUGUCAGAAAAUUUGGGAGGCUUAAGUGCAAGUUCCAGACAUUUUUUUUUUCUUUUUUUUUUUUUUUUUUUUCCUUCUAAUUCUCCCCAUCUGGGUGGCAGUUGCUGGUUUGAGUGAUAUUUGUUUCCAGAAAAACACUAAGGUGUUCUACUUUUUUUUUUUUUUUUAAUUAACAAUUUUCAGCAACCUUUGUUCAGACGUAUUCCAAAGCCAUGCCCCCUCUUACAAAAGUGUCCCUUGCAUGAGGGGUAAUGGGGGUAAUUCUAAGGAAUUUGAUGUGUAUACUUGUACAAAAAAAAUGUAAAUAUUUUUGUUUGGGGGUGGGAAAAAAGGGGGUAUUUUUUGUUUUAGUUUCUUUAAUGAUGGUUUGCUGAAGGUUUCUGUUUGGUUAGGAUCGCAGCUAAAGUUGAGAGAGGUUCAGUUUGUAGCAACACAUUACAGAAUAGCAGUCUAAAAAGGGGGUGGUAAAGAGCAAAAAAAAAAUUAUUGUAAAAUAUAUGUUUCUCCUGCCCCCCUUCAGUUGGUCAUAUGAAGUGAUUCUCAGCCCAAUAACUUCAUAAGACCUUGAAUUUAAAGAAGUGUAAAAGAAACAAACAAAUGAUGGGUUGGCAAGCUCUUCAGUCACUAAAGAUAGAAUGUUGUACAUCACCCAUUAAUGGAAACGCUUGUUUCUGUAAGUGUUGCUUUGAACUGACCCUCUCCCAGUAUGCUAGAUGCUUGGCCUUAUCUACAGGCAAAAUGAGUGAGGAGCCAUCACUAGUUCAUUUAGUUUAAUUGUCCCUACAACUUAAGUCACCUGGAGCGUGCAGUAUUCUAUACAAAUGGCACAUUGUGCCUCAGCUUGCCAUAGUGGUGUAUCCCCCCAUUCCUUGGUUAAAGAUUUGUGCUGGAAGUGGAUCUGGCCUUUAGUAUUGCACAUCCAGGUGCACGUAGAACCACAGGCUUGUAUGUACAGCUGCUGUGUAAGACAUUCUCAAAAUCUGAAACUUCAGUAGUGCAAGAGCACAAUUGGCUUUUUUUGUUUUGUUUUUUUUGUUAAUGGGGUGAAUUAUUUAAUUCUAUUUAACAGAGACCUGCUCUAUUGCUCUGCUACUGAAGGUAUUGCUCUUAAAUAUUUUCUCUUAUGUUUGGAUCAUGGUGCAAUAAACUCUUGCCCAGUUCUAUCCAAGCUGCACCUGCCAUAGUGCAAUUAUGUACCACUGCAACUCUGAACGGCAGUGCUGUGCUGGUGCUACAUUCAUGAUCCUCCUAUGAACACUUUUUUUUUUUUUUUUUUCCCCCUUCCCCUCACCCUUGUAUAAACUAAGACCCUAUACACUGGAGGUACUGAUCUCUACACUCCUCCAUUUGCACACAAGGGUUUCACCUAUUGAGGACUAUGGCAAUAUAUUGGCAGCCAUUUUAGAAUUGGCUACCUUUGUCUAGGUGCGGUGCAGGUGUUUAAGAAUUAUCAUAAAGGCAAACUGAAAGAUGCUCUAAAAAUACCUAAAUAUAAUAUUUUUGCCCCUUAUGUACAAAAUGCCUACUUGGCUUAGUUCAUUUGAAUAGCAGUCUUCCAAAAUUUGGCCUAUCAUAUCUGCUAGUGAAGUGAAUGACUGAAAAUGCUGGCAGGACUUUAUAUAGGUGUCUCCGGAGCUGCCAGCGGAGCUUCCUAAAACAGUGUUACUGGAAUGCUCGAAGUACAGCCUGAAUAUUUCAUGUGACUUAUUCUGGUUUUUCUCCAAAUUGGGUAUGGGAACAAGGAUACAUGUUUACACUUAUUUUUUUAAGAAUGAGAUGGGAGCAUCUUUCCUUUUGCACAAAUUUAAAAAUUACUUAAAGCUGCUUUAGAAAGCAGACAAAUAUAUCCGGUAUUACUGUUUUAUGUCAGAGGAACGGGAGUUGGUGAGUGCCUCUGGCAUGAAACGGGUUCAACAUCUCAUUCUGUUCCAUUGUUUUAAGGGGUUGGGUAGGGUUAGCAUCUGCCGUUGAACAUACUGGGAUCAAUUCCAUAAGUAAUAUCUCUAAUCUGAAAAUGAGUAUAUUUUUGUUCCUUGAUGAAGACUGCAGUUUCCCCAGCUAAGUGAGAGACUGCACUGGAUACAGUAUUUUUAUUUCAUGGAGUACCUUUUUCUAUUCCCACAGGAAGGCGUGGGAGACAGUUUCCUAAAUUAGGUUUAUUUCUAGAAAAACAAAGGUGUUUCUUGUAUGUUUAAUGGCAGAUCUAAAUGGGCCAAGAAGAGGGGGGUUGGUACAACAUUAGUUUGUAUCCUUAAAUUGGGGGUGGGGGGGAAAUAACAGUUUGGAUGUCAAACUAUUACCAUGAUGCAAAGCAGUGCAGUGUCUGUUUGCAGACAGAUGUUUGACUACCCUGAUCUUAGCAACGUAACCUUAUGAUGCUGUAGUCCCUGAGACUGGUGCACUAAAAGGUUCAUGAUGCCAUUUUCUAGCCUACACACCUAUGUAGGCGACAGCUUAGUUGCAGCCACCAAGUUUGUGCAGUGGAAGUGAAUACAAUGGUGACAGUGGGGCGACUAAGCUGCUUUCAUCUUGAACGUCAUUUGAAAAUGGCCCAGUGGGAAGUUUUUUGUUUUUAUUUCCUUCCAUGUCAUUGAUUGGGACUGUAAUAUCAGUCAGAUAUGUAUGAGAGAAAUGGUACAAUCUGGAUUGUUCGGUUUGUUUUGUUCAUCCUAAUAAAAUCCCACUGGAAAUCA